UGUUAACAUUUAUUUUUAUUUCUCUUUUGUACAUGUGCCAAAAAAAACAUUUGAAAUGCAAAGGGGUGCGGUGUUAUUGAUUUGACCCCGGCUGUUCAGCGCCGUACGUGUGAUUGGGAGUGUGUGCAAGUGUGAGCUGUUGAAACGUUGACGUUGCAGCGGAACAGCAAUAUGUCCGUCAUUCCCUCAUUCCGGCAUUCCAUCCAAAUCCGAGUCAAAUCCGAAUGCGCGCUGGGAUAACUUUUCAGAAUUUCAAUUUCGAUUUCAUGAUCGUCGAGUGCAUUUUAAUUAUUAAUUAAUUGGGUGUGACUGUGAUUUUGAUUGUGUGUUUGUUUGUUUUGAUGUUUCUCUCUCUUUAAACCUCUCAAUUUUUUUAUCGCUGCUCUCUUGGUGACAACAACAAUGCAAUGCGAUUGUUUGCCGCAGCACAAACGGGUUAUAUUGUUGUUGCCAGUAGUUGCUGGUGUUGCAUGCAACAUGAGCAUCUGUUGCUGCCUCUAAUUUCGCGUCCGCUUUCCUUCAUUCAUUUAUUCGUCGCCCGUCUUGCAUUACAAAUUCUGCCCAACAAUUCGCACAGUAAUUUCACUUUUUCGCCCCGUUUUCUCAUCAAAUCAAAAGAAAGCAGAGCAAAUUGACUUGAUAAAAGUUUUGUGAUAACAAGCAUGUACAAAAUAACCAGCAAUAAGCGAUAACCGAUAACCGAAGACAACGAGCACUGCGAGAAAAAAAUUAACUUAAAUUCUGUACACAAACUAUAAAUAUUAUAUUUACAUCAUUGAUAAAACAUUAAGUAAAAACGCGAAAAACUCGUAACGAAAACAGUGAACACAGCUAAAAUUCAGCACACAAAAUAUAAAACGCAUUCAUCAUGCAUAAAAGAUAAAAAAUAAUAAAAUAAUAAUAUACACAAUAUGCUUCAUAUUAAAUAAAUACAAAGGCACAAUAAAAUAUAAAUAUUUAAGUUGGCCCGUUGAUGGUUCACGUUUUGCAACAAGCUAGGAUAAGCCGGCAAAAUGAUCAAACUGAAAUCAUUGUUCCGCAGAGGACAGGGCACCUCCAGCUCGAACUCCUCCAAUUCUUCGCACAAACAGCAGCAGCACUCCUCCAACAACAAUCGCCAGAAGUCGCAGUCGAGCACUUCAUUGAAUACCGCCCACGAGCAGCAGCCACAACAACAGCAGCAGCAGCAGCAGCAACAGAAACAGCAUCACAACAACACCGCAGCAACGACAAAAUUCUACGCUCACCAGGAGGCGGCCAGCUACGAAAGGGGCGUGGAUGUGGGCGAUGAGGAGGCGCUGCUGCUGACCAACCAACAGCAGCAACAGCGGCGACAACAGCAACAGCAGUUGCAGCAACAACAGCAGCAGCAGCAGCAGCAGCAGCUACAGAGCAACACCUUGCCCCAAAAGAAAUCCAAGCUUAAGGGACAAAAACAGCCAAAGCAAUUGCCAUUGCAGCAGCAAAACAGCAAUGCAAGUGAGCUACAACAGCAGCAACAGCAACAGCAACAGCAGCAGCAGCAGCAUCCACUGAUGACUUCCCUGGCAGCCGUGCCGCAGGCAGCAGCAACUGGCAACAGCAGCAGCAACAUCAAUAACAACAACGCAUUGGCCGCGCUGCAGGAUGGUGGCGCUGCUGCCGCCGCUGCAGCAGAUUUCUACCAGCAACUAGCAGCAGCAGCAACAGCAACAUCGGCCAACGGCAGCAACCCCAGUUCGAAUAGUCCGGCCAACGCAUUUCCCGCAGCAGCAGCAGCCGUUGCUGUUGCCGCUGUGGCAGCCAGCAGUUAUCAGCAACAGCAGCAACAUCAACAGCAACUAAUCAACAACGAACAGCAGCAACAGCAACUCUUAGAGGCUAACAACAAAAUGCAGGAGCUGCAAAAGCAGCUGGAGAGAUCGGAAAGCGAGCAACUGCAGCUGGAGACACGCAUCACGGAGCUGCUGCCAUACCAAAGCGAGGUGGCCAGGCUGAAGGGCGAUCUGGUUAAGAUGCAGAGUCUACAGGAAAAGACCCAGAUGGAGAUCGGCAACCUGAAAUACGAGAACGAAUCUCUGCGCAAUCGGCUGCGGGACGUUGUGAACUCGCCGCUAUCGGAUGCGGAGAAGCACCAGAUCAUCCAAGACUCGCAGCGGCUGCACAGCUCUGCGCCCGCCUCGAUAGCUCUGCCCAGUACAAACGAUGCGCAUGAUGGCACACCCUGCCUCACGCCCGACUGGGACAAACAGUCAUCCUCCAGCGAGAUUUCUGUAGCCUGCCUGCAGGACAAGAUCAUUCAGAUGGAGGAGACGCACUACUCCACCAACGAGGAACUACAGGCUACUCUGCAAGAGUUGGCCGAUUUGCAAACCCAGUUGACGGACACGCAGACGGAGAACGAGCGUCUCGCCGAGGAGAAGGAUGUGCUCUUCCAGUCACUUUGCCGACAGACCGAGAAACUGAAUGAAUCGCGCACGCAGAUCAGUACACUGCAGGAGCUGCUCCUGCGGGAUUCCAAACCGGCUGCCUCCGAAGUCAGUGCGUCGGAGCGGGAGCAAAAACUUCUGGAUUUAAUCAAAACAUCCCAGGAGGAGCGUGAGGCUGUAUUGCUCAAGCAGGAGGAACUUGGAGCUGAGUUGGCGGAACUGAAGCAAGCGCGGGAAGCUGGCCAGCAGGAACAGCAGCGCCAGAGGGAGCGGAUUGCCCUGCUUGAUUCCCAGCUCGAUGCGGCCAAUGCGGAGCGACGGCAAGGAGAGGCUCAGUUCUCACAGGCCAAGGAGGAGAUCUCGCAGCGGGCCAUCGAAAUAAGUCGCUUAAGCACACUGCUGGAGAAUGCGCGCUCUAAGAUCGAGGAGCUGGAAGCCGAUUUGGCCAGGGGAGACAAGACAGACCUAAGCGAUGUGCUGGAUGUGGCCAGAAAAGAGAAGGAUGCCCUGGAAGAGCGUGUGGCCGAGCUGCAGGAUCAGUGCUCGCGCAGCCAAGCUGAGCUGAGAAGACUACGCGAGCAGCUCUCCGGGCUGACCGAGGAAUGCAAGGUGGUUAAAAACAAUGCCAAGUGUGCGGUCUCCCACCUCGAAUAUCGCUUGGAGCAGCUGCAACGGGACAAGGACAAAAUAGCUGGCGAGUGGCAGGCGCUAGAGGAACGCGUGGCCGAACUGCAGGUGCAGUGCAAGUGCCACCAGGAGGACAAGGCCCAGCUGCAGUCCCUGCUGGGCGAGACCCAACGUCACUUGGGCGAUGUACAACUACAGCUGGGCGAGUCGGAGUGCCGGCUCGACCAGGAGACACAGCUGCGACGCAAGGAGGCCGAGGAGUGGCAGCAAUUCCAGGCCGAUCUUCUCAUGACGGUGCGCGUGGCCAAUGACUUCAAGACUGAGGCGCUCAGCGCUCGGGAGCAACUCGUGCUCGACAACAAGACGCAGAAGGAGAAGAUCAGACUGCUGGAGCAGCAGCUCGAAAAGCUCACCAAGCAGCCAGAACUGCAGCAGUCGGAGACUCCGCAGGCGGUGCUGUCCACAGUCCAGCGUGAGAUGGAGAUGGCCACGCGGCGCAGCAAGCUGAGCUUCAGCCGACAGGAUUCGCGACUCUCCGUCAAAACGCUCAUCGAGAGCAUUGAGAAUAACAAGGCGGGCAAAGCCGACGAGGCGGAAUCCCACUACAGUUCAACGUCCAGCCUCAACAGCGGCACUCCGGAGCUGGGAACUACGCCCAUUAUCUUUCCCCCCUCCAGUGAUUGGCAUGAAAGCCUUCGCCUGCCUGUGCUGCAGAGCAGCAACCUGCACGUGAAUGUGGGCAAUCAAUCGGGCACCGGAACGGGAGCUAACAUUUCGGCUGGCAGCGGAGGAGGACCAGCUAGCACUACCAAAGCCACAUUGCCGCUGCGCGAUCAACAGCAGCAGCAGCAGCAGCAGCAGCAGCAGCAGCAGCAACAGACUGCGAUAACAACGCCCCAAAGCCAGAUCCAGGCCCAGAUUCAGAUCCAGAACGUUUCCCAGCCUUCGACGCCGGCCACGCCCAGCAGUGCGGGUAGCAGCAGCAGCAGUGGGCUGCCAUUUGGCAAUGUCUCAAAGUCCUUCAUAAGCGGCGAACGCAAGGACCCGCUGAACAUGCUGGCCAAGAACGGAGGCUCGAAGCGUAACGCCCUGCUGAAGUGGUGCCAGAAUAAGACAGUGGGCUACCGCAACAUCGACAUCACCAACUUCAGCUCGUCGUGGAACGAUGGCCUGGCCUUCUGUGCGAUCUUGCACUCGUAUUUGCCGGAUCGCAUUCCGUACGAUCAACUGAGUCCGGCCAACAAGCGGCGCAACUUUUCGCUAGCAUUUGCGGCUGCCGAGUCCGUGGGAAUUGGCACCACCCUGAACAUCAAUGAUAUGUGUCAGAUCGAACGACCCGACUGGAUGCAGGUGAUGUCCUAUGUGACGGCUAUCUACAAGUACUUUGAGACCUAGAAGAAGUGGGAACUUGAGGAGCGUCUGCUGCCCUUCACUUGGGCUCUUUUGUGUAGUAGUUGUAGGGUUCGCUUUAUUUUCCAAUAUACAUCUCGUGUUUUUUUUUCUUUUAAAUACUUUUUUUUUGUUGUUGUUGUUGGUUAUAUUCAGCAUUUCCAGUCUGGACAGCAAGCAAAUCUUUUAAUCCAUUCGCCUAGCUAGUACGCUUUUUAUUUUUUUUUCUGAAACUUUCCUUCUGUUUUAGUGUGUCUACGUCCAUGUGCUUGCCCAUGUACAGUGGUCACUCGGUGCAGUGGCACAUAUUAAGGCAUCGCAUCUGUAAAAUGCAUUUGUUUGUUUUUCGGUUUUACAGACGAACCUUUUAGCACUAAGUUUAAGCUUAAAGUUUAAUUUUAAUGGAGCUUCGAAGGUUGUUCAGGUGACGAAAGCACUUCGGCUCGGUCCAUCACUCCAAGGAUAACGAUGAGACUCUCCCAGCCAGUGACCACUGUACAUGGGUAAGGUAGUGUUUUUUUUUUUUUUUAUUGCCUGGUACAGAGUUUAUUUUUACACGCAAAUCGACGAUGGAGUAUAAUUAGCUUGAUUAGCUUGACUAUGAAGCAUAACUAUAGAUAUAAAAUGGAGAAGGUCCGGACUAGCUUUAGCGUAUAUAUAAUUAUUUAUUCCAACUACAUCAGAUCACUAAUUUAAACGCAAACAAAAUGUAUUUUUUUCAACGAUUCAUUCUACGAUCUACCAUAAAGAACAAAAAGCUGCAAAAUGACAGUAAAACAAAACACUUAA